CGAUUGGCUUUUGUUUGUAUUAUUGAAUGCAUUGAAGGAGUGAUACAAACAAAACAUCAAAACAUUGAGUCAAUUGAAUAUACCAUUGAUUUCUAGUCAUUUGUGGUCACCGUUUGGAUUCAUUGGUGUCUUUGUUGACCACCGAUGGCUUAAUAAAUAUUUUGUAUAUAUAAUAGACAAUUGUUUUGUUGUUAUUGUCGAUGCAAUUGUGCUGACAAUUGAGUGGUAAAGCAGUGAUUGCGAGUCAUAUAUAUUUGGACAUCGAUUGUCCUCAAAGAUGCUACACAUGUCUGACUUACCCGAAUGGAUGGACAACAUAUUGAUGGACAACCCGUCUAAUAGCAACUUCACGUGUAAUAUCAUUGUUCCCAAAAACAAGACCUAUGUUGCGAUCCAAAGGGGAUGGGAAGGCAUACCAGAGAGUGUUGUCCUUAAUUUGAUCUUAUGUUUGAUAAUGAUUAUGAUAUUUGUAAUAACGCGACAAUUGGCCCGAAGAAAACAAAGACAUACUUUGGCCACAAAUGAUGAUUCAUGGCUUCAAUUUAUUUACGGCGACCGCAAAAACAACUUUACCGACUGUGGGAUCAAAGAUAAUACUCGAACACCGAUUCCAUAUCAUUUGCAUCCAUUGAAUGACACAAAUCUAAUAUUUCCACCGAUACUGUCACCAAAAACAUCACCAAUUAAUAGGUCUAAUACGUCUACAACUAUUGAAUCGGUUAACGAACCUUUCGAUAGCAAUGGAGUCAUUGAAGUUGAAAUCAACGAUAGUUUGCACAGAAAUGAAGAUAUGAAUACCACUACAAAUAUUGAAGAUAUUGUCGAUAAUGUCCGGCCAUCUAAUGACCAAACACACGACCAAAACUCAUUGCUCGAAACAAUUGCUACUUCUUGUUCCAGCGAAUCUCUUCGCAAAUAUGGUCACAGAUUUCUGCACUUUAUUUCAAUCAAAGACGACCACAUCUUAAGAACGAAAGGCAGAGAUGCCUAUCAAUACCUAAUCUUUCAGAAAUAUAUUAUCUAUUUUUUAGCUUUACUUACGUUUGUCUGUUUAGUUAUUGUAUUACCCGUUAAUAUUCAGGGAAAUUUUGAGGGUCGUCCAAAAGCAUUCGGCAGAACAACAAUCAGUAAUUUGGACCCAAAGUCUGAUUUGUUUUGGAUUCACGCCGUUUUGGCCGCUAUUAUAAUACCACUUGGUGUAUUUGUUAUGAAUCACUUUUCUAAAGUAAUCAAAUCAGACGACGAAAACAUAACUCGACGAACACUUCUAAUUCGACGGAUUCCUAAAUUCAAGAACACUAAAGAAAUUCUUAUAAAUUAUUUUCAACAAUCAUUUCCCGAUUGUCACAUAACAGGCAUUCAAGUGGUUCACGAUUUUACAGAUUUACAAUCAUUAGAACUGGAGUAUCAAAAUGCUGUCAACGCUAAAGAGUUUUGCGAUAAUUAUCAAACCAAACACAACCAAAAAUUAUCUAUACGUCCCUAUUGUAUGGGACAGUUAGGUUGUUGCUGUUGUUGUUUUUGCCAAUCGGUUGAUGGCUAUGAAUAUUAUAGUCAAAGUGUAGUUAAAAUAACUGAAGAACUUAAGAAAGAACUGUCAAAUAUGUUUUCUAUGCCAACCGGUUCUGUAUUUAUCACAUUUGAGACCGAAAAACAAGCCAUGGAGAUUUAUAAAUAUUUAAAAGAAAGACAACAAUCAUGUCUUUGUUGUGUUUGUAUAACAAAUGUCAUUACGUGGAUAACCAGUGUUUUCAAUGACAAUCAAAUUGAUUCACUUGAAUUGAAUCGAUGGCAAGUGUCAUACGCUCCAUAUCCGGAUGACAUCAAUUGGAAAGAUCUGACAGUGGAUUAUAAGUGGAUUUGGUUGAGAAAAGUGUUGAUAUAUUUGUUUUUGUUUGUUGUCUUUUUCUUUUUGUCGACUCCGGCAAUACUAUUAAAAGGCAUGGAAUUUAUAGCCAAUCAAAAGUCAAUUGAUAAGGGAAUCUUCAAAUUUAGCUCGACUUGGAGUGACUUUUUAAGUCCAUUGCUUUUGAUGUCAAUGACAACUGUAUUACCAAUUAUAGUGAUCACAGCCUGCGAGCGCUUGCCUUUCAAGACAAUCAGUGCAUUAAAUCACGCAAUUAUGUGGAAAGUAUAUAUAUUUUUGGUAAUGAUGGUCAUUAUAUUGCCGUCGGCUGGUUUACUAAGUACAAACGCUUUGUUGGAAAAUAUUUUUUCAACAAAUGAAACGAAACGAUUCCGAUGGCAGUGUCUGUUUCCAGUAGACAACGGAGCCUUCUUUGUCAACUACGCACUACAAGCGGCACUUUUACAGAAUACCGUUGAUGUACUUCGUUUGCCGGAACUAUUUCUUUAUCUCUUUUAUUAUUUGCUGAUCAGAUCUCCUGCUGAAUACAAAAACGCCAGAAAACAAGUGUUAUUUGAUUUUCCAUUUGGCGUAACUUAUCCACGAUUUUUGCUUAUAUUUGCGAUGACAGUGACAUACAGUCUGGCCUGUCCUCUAAUCGCACCGUGCGGUCUAUUUUAUAUGAUAUGCAGGCAUAUCGUCGAUCGCUAUAACAUUUACUAUAUUUACACUCCAACUAAAAUCACGGGACGCAUCCACUCGACAGCUGUCCUCUACGUACACAUAGCCUUACUUAUGAUGCAAUUCCAGGUCUUUACCUUUUUAUUAAUGAGAACCGGCAAUACAAAGGUGACCGCCUUUUCAAUGUUUGUAUUAUUGAUUGCACUGUUGGUUUUUUCUGGACAUUGCUUUUUCCAUUGGUUUCGAAAUAUUAAUCAUUUAACUUAUAGUGUAACAACUAAAUUGAAUAGAAGACCCAAGAAAUUAGACUACUGUGCCUGUGGUUACGCUCCACCAGUUUAUGGACACCUAAUUAAUGAUGGAGUGGUUAAUAAAGAUGAUUUGAUGACAAAUAAUGAUCAUAACUCAUAAAAUAAUAACAUUUACAGUAAUCGCUUGUUUCGCAAAAUUUUUUUUAC